GGAUCCAAAUUUCCGACGCCUGAGCCAGUCCUCGGCUCACCCUUAAACAGCCAAUCAGCGUUGGGCGCUGAAAAAGGACGUCAUCUCUCCGCACCCGCCUUGCGAAUAGCAUGGGUGGAUGUUGUGGCAGGUGAUGCUCUGGCUUUCCGGAUCACCCCGGCUGUGCUCUCUUGAUCGAGAGGUGGCGGCUUUCUGUCAGCCUGCCCCCCCCCCCGGAUUCGAGCCCGACCUCUUUUUACGGCUGAUCUCGGCGUGCUACCCGGUGGCGCAUAGUAACAAGCUUCCCAAGCAAUGGAGGUUAAAGGGCUUCUUUCCGCGCUUUAUUGCCUCGCUUGCUAGCCUGGGGGUGCCCGCUAUCCGGGGCAGUUUGACUGCUGCCUUUUGAAGACCGAAGGGGGAUUUCUAAGUGUUUGGGCCCCACGAUGUCUGCAGCCACCGCCCUUCCUAAGUCCCCAGCUAGGGUGUCUUCCUUUUGCCAGCAAGCUUGGGAGCAGGUGUUUACUAAGGUGGAGCGAGCAGUUGUGUUCAUGGACUCAGCUUGCGCGGAAAGCCUUCACUGGGCCUGUGGCGGAGUCAGCCGGCUCUUGCAGGCCGGGGCUCUCAACGUCAAGGAGUUCUCCAGCUUUGAGUCGGGGGAGGCCAAGCAACCCAAGGCGGUCUUCGUGGUCAGCACCUCCUUGAAAGGCCGGACUGUGGACAUCAUUCGUGACAUUGUGAGCCUCAGCAACUUCCAGGACUGUGUGGUUUUCACUGGCGUCAACCACACUCUGCAUUUGCAAGCGUAUAAUACUCCCAGCAGUGCUGAGACUGAAAGUUCUGGCCAGGUAGUCUUUGAGCAGUUUGAAGAGAAGCUUUGCCAGUGGAUGGGCAACAUGAACUACACUGCAGAGGUGCACCAUGCUGCUUUGUUUCUGGCACCCAUCUUACCCCACCUCUUUGUAACACCUGCCUUUUCCACACUUUUCCCUUUGAUGGCUGAAGAUUUGACUCAAAUUAAUAGUGCUCGACCAGAGAAGAAAAAAAUUGCUCACUUGAAUGAUGUGGACUUCUUCUCUCUGCCUUCAGAGUUGCAGCUUGAGAUCAGAUCACUGGUGUCUGAUCUCAAUAUCUUAUUUGAGUAUCUUAGUGUUCGGGAGGAAUGUUUUGCCAUUGGACCAAUGAGCAAGAUUAUUGCAGGGGAUUUGGCAAAUUAUUCCCAGGCCAAGAUCAGGAGGAAAAGUGCACAAAAUAAAGCUGCUAUAAUUUUUGUGGACCGGACAUUAGAUUUGACAGGAGCAGUUGGACAUCACGGUGACAAUUUAGCAGAGAAGAUUCUCUCUAUACUUCCCAAGUUACGAGGUCAUACAAAUGAUGUGAUGGUCAACAUGGUGGAGCUCACAAGCCUGCAUACUAAUGAGACAAGCUACAAUAUUAUAGCCCCAGGCUGCUUGGCACAACCAAC